AUGUGGACGGACCGUAAAGCAGACGUGCGGGACACCAGCGGGAAAAGAGCCAGGGACAGUAGCCCUGUCCUCAACAGACUGAUGGCGCUUACUGGUGACAUGAUAUACUUGGAUAAGGUUAUGCAAGACAAAUGGUUUGUACUGCAGCUGGCCGUGUGGGCGCUUCGAGGGGUGACGCGAGUGAUUUUAGCCAACAACCCGCUGAGUGGGGCUCUCAUGCUAGCGGCACUCUACUGGGCCUCCCCCUGGCAAGGCCUGCUGGGAACUUUGGGCCUGCUGACCUCCACGCUCGUAGCGGUCAUCUUGGGACAAGACAGUGCAGAAGUGUGGGGAGGACUUCACGGCUUCAACGGCAUGUUGGUCUCCCUGCUAAUGGGAGUGUUCAACAGCGCCGGAGACUGGUACUGGUGGCUGCUGCUUCCCGUUUGUCUGGGCUCGGCGACAACUGUCUUCUUCUUCAGUGGUCUCUCAUCAGUUCUGGAUCGAUGGGACCUGCCAGUUGCGGUCUUUCCGUUCAACAUAGUCAUCGUUAUCUACUUCCUGUGCACCGGACCGGACAACCCCUACUUCCCGCGCCGCCUCGCCAUACCGCCGAGCUCGGUGGCGACUAACGUGACGGCAGUUAGUGCUACAGAGGUGUUGCAAGGUAUCCCUCUCGGCGUGGGCCAGAUCUUUGCCUGCGGAUCCUUGGGUCCCUCCUUUCUCAUUCUGGCCGGACUUUGCCUUUACUCCCCGCUUCAAGCCUUCCACGCUUUGCUUGGCUCAGCAGUCGGAACACUGGUCGGUCUAUCCGUGGCUGUGCGGCACGAGUGCCUCUAUUCUGGUCUGUCCGGCUUUAACGGAGCUCUAGGCUGCAUGGCCGUGGGAGGAUUUUUUUUCAUGUUUAAUUGGAAGACCCACUUGUUGGCCAUCGCAAGUGCUUUCCUCUCUGCUUAUCUUGACAUCGCUUUGAGCAACCUGUUGGGGGCAACGGGUCUGCCGGCAUGCAGUUGGGCCGCCACCCUGACCGUGACGCUGCUGCUGCUCCUGCGGGGCAGCGCGUCCGCCUACCGAAUCCCCACGGGUCAAGUGAAGGCCCCCGAGCAGAACCUGCGCUCUCGUAGCCGCUGGGAAGCCGGCAGUACAGUUGAACGAGAAAGCACUGAUGUCUAACGCAGGAUGCAAAAUGAAGGAGUAAAAACAGUGAAGACAAAGAUGACAUUGGAAGGCAACUUUAAUUAUUACUGUGCACAAGUGAAGGAAUGUUCCUUACCCAUAACGUUGCUGCCGUUUCCUGGUAUUUCUCCCAUUUUAAAUUGCUUUAAUAAUGACGGUUUCUCCGUCACAGUGCUUUUUAUAUUUUCAUGCUUUCUGAUGUAGUUCUCACAGGUGAUCAUAAGAAACUUCGAAAAGUGAUUUCAGUCUGUCGGAAGAUUGAGGCGCGCUGGAAUUGUACAAAAGAACUAAAAGCAAAGUAUUAAUGCAAAAACCUUGCACAGACUUUUUGUCUCAUGGAUGAAUGGACAUUCUUUGUGUGUACUUUCAGUUGUAGGAUCAAGCAUGAGUGCUUUUGUGCUUGUUGUAUUUCUUCCUUUUUUUCUAUAUUUGUGCACAUGAGUGUUUCUGAUGUAGUUGUAAUGCACAUGCACUUACAUUUAGUGUUUGGUUGACCUUAAGACUUAAAAACUUGGACAGCUCUAUAUGACAUAAUGUGUAAGCUUUUUUUU